AUGGCUACACAAAUCCUCGCACAAAUCCACAAGGCGUUUGAAACUCGCACCUGCGAGUUUCUUACGUUCUCAGGGCUUCUCUCUCAGAAAGAUCCCAUUGCCCUUGGCUUGAGGUGAGUACAAGUGCCAGAGAUCAAGUUUUCGUACAGAACAGGGUUUAUUUUGCGGGUUAACCUAAAUUAACUGUUUGGAUACUUUAUCCCUAUGCCUUGUAUAUGCCCAGUAUGAGGAAGAAUAUACUAACUAUUAAUAGAAUUCACUUUAUUGCCCCCGAUGGGUACCUUCGUAUUGUCAUGGCGAGUCACCUGCAUGAAACUGCGGUUGACUGGAUG